AUGGCCAAAAUGAUGACUGAUUAUGAUCGCCGCAAACAAAUUAGUGUACGUGGAAUCGCACAGGUGGAGAAUGUGAGCAACAUCAAGAAAGCCUUCAACAGACAUCUUCACUUCUCCAUAAUUAAGGAUCGGAAUGUUGCGACACCACGAGACUACUACAUGGCUCUUGCGAACACUGUUAGGGACCACUUAGUAAGCAGAUGGAUCCGCACACAACAGCACUACUACGAGAAGGAUCCAAAGAGGGUUUACUACUUAUCUCUUGAGUUCUACAUGGGGCGCACACUGUCGAAUACUAUGAUGAAUCUUGGGGUACAGGCUACUGUCGAUGAAGCACUCUACCAGCUUGGAUUGGAGAUCGAAGAAUUGCAAGAGAUAGAAGAAGACGCCGGACUCGGUAAUGGAGGUCUUGGUCGACUUGCUGCUUGUUUUCUUGACUCCAUGGCUACGUUAGGGAUACCAGCUUAUGGAUAUGGGCUUCGUUAUGAAUAUGGAAUAUUCAAGCAGCUCAUCAAGGACGGAUGGCAGGCCCAAUGGGUGGAUACUCAGGUGGUUUUUGCGAUGCCAUAUGACACUCCUAUUCCAGGAUAUCGUAAUAACGUUGCCGAAAAUCAUUUCCAUCUGAAGUUCUUCAAUGAUGGCGACUAUGUGCAGGCAGUGAUGGAUCGUAAUCUCUCCGAGAACAUCACUCGUGUUCUCUAUCCCAAUGACAACGUUUUUAUCGGCAAGGAACUUCGUCUUAAGCAGCAGUACUUCUUGGUCGCCGCUACUCUUCAGGACAUUAUUCGCCGUUUCAAGUCGAGCAAAUACGGAUGUCGCGAUGCGAUUCGUAUUAAGUUUGAUUCUUUCCCUGAUAAGGUCGCCAUCCAGCUAAAUGAUACCCAUCCUUCUAUUGGGAUUCCGGAGUUGAUUAGACUGUUGGUAGAUGUAGAAGGUCUGACUUGGGCUCAAGCAUGGGAUAUUUGUGUCAGGACUUUUGCUUACACAAAUCACACUCUUCUUCCCGAAGCGUUGGAGAGAUGGCCUGUAUCCAUGCUUCAAUCCAUGCUUCCACGUCACUUGGAAAUUAUUUACGAAAUUAACCAAAAGUUCAUGGACGCUAUUUCAGCUAAAUAUCCCGGAGACUUCGACAGAAUGCGGCGCAUGUUCAAAGACUUUUAUGAGAUGUAUCCUGAGAAAUUCCAAAACAAAACUAACGGAAUUACACCACGUCGUUGGCUGCUUUUGUCUAAUCCUGCUCUUGCUGAUGUGAUUGCUGAGAAAAUCGGAGAGGACUGGAUCACAAACCUGGAUGACUUGCAGAAGUUGAAGGAAUUUGUAGACAAUCCAGGAUUCUUGGAUCAGAUCCGCCGUGUAAAGCAGGAGAACAAAAUGCGUGUCGCUCAGUAUCUCAAUGAGGAUUAUAACAUAGAAGUGAACCCUGGAAGCAUUUUCGAUAUUCAUGUGAAAAGAAUUCACGAGUAUAAACGGCAGCUACUGAACAUCCUUCAUGUUAUAGCGUUGUAUAACAGAAUAAAGGCUAACCCGAACAUUGACAUGGUUCCUAGAACAUUUCUGUAUGGUGGAAAGGCUGCUCCAGGAUACCAUAUCGCCAAGCAGAUUAUCCGCCUUAUUACAAGUGUCGGUGAAGUUGUGAACAACGAUCCUAUUGUUGGAGAUAAAAUAAAAGUUGUUUUCCUCGAAAAUUAUCGCGUAUCGAUGGCGGAAAAGAUCAUACCCGCUGCGGACCUCAGCGAACAGAUCUCCACUGCUGGCACGGAAGCCUCUGGAACGGGCAACAUGAAGUUCAUGCUGAAUGGUGCUCUUACGAUUGGAACACUUGAUGGUGCAAAUGUUGAAAUGGCUGAAGAAAUGGGAAUGGAAAACAUCUUUAUUUUCGGAAUGAACGUUGAAGAGGUAGAAGCGUUACAAAAAAGAGGAUACAAUGCUGAAGAAUUUAUUAAUAAGAGCCCGAUGCUCAAGCAGAUAGUUGAGCAAAUCGAGGCGGGGAUGUUCACUCCCGAACAACCGGAUCAACUACGAGAUCUCACUAAUGCGCUGCGACAUCAUGAUCGGUUCCUUGUUUGCGCCGACUUCGAUGCCUACGUCGCAUGUCAGGACAAGGUCGCCGAGACUUAUCGUGACCAGCAGAAGUGGUGCCGUAUGGCGCUGAUGAAUAUCGCUUCUACUGGAAAAUUCAGCACCGACCGCACUAUCUCCGAGUAUUCCCGGGAAAUUUGGGGCAUUGAACCUGGCGAGCUUAGUCUUCCACCACCCUAUGAGACUGUUGACGGUGUUGAACAAAGUAAUUAA